AUGAAUGCAACGUUAGAUGAUGAUAUAAUCAUCAUUUACUUAUCUAAUAUAGGUCUAUGUCUUAUGCGUUAUGUCCUUAUGAUUAUAAUUAUUCUUGGUCUUGUUGAAAACUUCUUCAAUAUACUUGUUUUUCAUCAACCUACAUUUCGUUCAAAUCCAUGUUCAUUUUAUUUAAUUACAGCUGCUUAUGUUAAUAUUAUUUGGAUUAUGACAAGUCCAUUAUGA